UAGUAACCACAUACCAGUUAUUGGCGAUCUGUCUUAGUACUGUUUACUAUUCGAUUUAAGGCAACCCUCUAAAUAUGUGACAUUUGGACAUUAAUUUACCCAUAAUUAUAGCACCUAUGUACAUAAUCUUGCGAAGCGUAAUUAGUUUUUAAUGUCGCCUUAAAUCGUAUAAAUACAGUUCAUUUUUCUUAUUACCUUCUCCCCCCCAAAACGAAUAAAAUUACAAUAAUCAUCGUAAGGUCUUUAUCUGUUUUCUUACACUUAAUGCACAUGCCGAAUAAUUUGUUGGUGAAAAAACUUUGCAAACGACAGUUAAAAAUGUGGCCCUUUAAUAUCGAAAUAUUGUGUUCUGGCAAGGACCGUGUGUCAUUACCAGCACCAGUAUAGUUAUAGGUGUUAGCGGAUUAUAUUUUGCGUAGUAAUCAACGCUUGCAAGGUUGGCGAUGCUCACAAAACAUUCUAGUAAUACGAUAUUAUAAGACUUAUUUUCGCAAAAAUUUCAUCAAACACGGAAAUCUUAAUUUUAAUCGUCUAGUGUAUAUUAUUUUACGGAAAUCUUGAUUUUAAUUGUACGGUGUAUCACCUCUACCGUGUCAUGUUACGUGUGGGUGUUUCAAAGCAAAUUAAGUCUAUAAAACAUGCAGAGCUACAGCAAACCGUAUCCGACUGAUUAUCAUCACACGUACGACACUGUCACUAUUCCCGUGGAGACUAUACUAACUAUGUCUUCUGUACUCCUAAUAUUUUGCUGUCUCCUUGGUCUGGGGUCAGCCUGGAACCAACCGAGCACCUGCUAUGUUAGGAGCCAAUGCUCCAGUGGAACUAAGACACAGCUAACAAAGAUCAGUGAAUCACUUCUAUCAGAGCUGAAACACAUUCGUGAAGCACUGGAAACUAUUGCCGACAGAUUGCUGGAUGACCCACCAACUACUUCUGACACUUGUGGUGGACCAGGAUGGACGAGAGUGGCCUACAUUAACAUGACCGACCCCAACCAACAAUGCCCUCAAGGACUUCAACUGACACACUAUUCGAGAAGAUCAUGUGGUCGUACACCAGCGUUUCAUCAAGGUGUUUGCUCAUCUGUCAUGUUUCCAGUGGGUGUCCAAUACAGGCAGGUGUGUGGGAGAGCAAUAGGUUAUCGGUGGGAAGACAACUUGGGAUUCUUUGGAUACCAUAGGGAAGGUAGGAAUACUAUCGAUCUUGCGUAUGUCGAUGGACUCAGCGUCACGCAUGGGCAAUCUCCACGCACACAUAUCUGGACGUUUUCCAGUGGUCUGUUCAAUGGAACCAGUGGUGACAUUCACCCUAACACUCGCUGUCCUUGUGAUGAGGGGAACACUUAUGGUUCUCCUCCAUUUGUGGGAAAUGACUGCUUUUGUGAUAGUGUGGCCACACCUACUAACUGGAAUGUAAACAGGAAUCGUUUCUAUCCCGACAAUGCGCUGUGGGAUGGUCAGUCAAGCCUCAACACAUGUUACAAUAACAAUAAUCCUCCGUGGUUUAUGAAAACUCUAUCAACUCCAACUACUGAUGACAUUGAGCUACGAAUGUGCUUCCGUGAUUACAGCUCAGUAUCUAACAUUGGACUUCAGCUCUUGGAACUAUAUAUCAGUUGAAGUGAUUGUGAACGAAUAAACGAUUAAUAUUUGCAAAUAACUAUUAACUAGACAAACUCUGAAGAUAAUAAUGAACGUAUAAGUGAACACUAUUUAACAUUCUCAUAUUGUAGCACUAGAAUUAUGCAAAAGAUCAAAGAAGCCACAGCGCAACUAUUUCUCUGUGAAGCGAUAAAGUUGGCUAGAGUGUGUAUGUACAUAAUUAUGUGGUUUAAAGAACACACACACACAC